AUGGCAUUCAUGUCAUUGAUAAAAUGGAUUUCCUAUCUAUCUACACCAAAGUCCAUGCUCAGUCAUUCUCUCUAAGGCCAAUAUAUUAAGCGGAUUUGCAGCUGCUGGUCUCAUUCCAUUCAAACCAGAGAGGGUGCUUUCAAGUUUCAAAACUUUACAUCAAGAUGAAGACACCAACACCACCAUCUUCUCCAAGCAGCAAUCAAUCCUUCUAUUUAGGGAUGACACCGGCCAAUCUUUACCAGUUAAAUCAGCAGAAAAAGCAGAUUCAAGACCUCCAAAACCAGUCUCUAUCUUCAGUUGUUGCAGAGCAGAUGCUUGAAAAGUUUAUGAAGAGCACAGAGGUUGCAAUGCAAGAUGCUGUUCUAUUAAGACAAGAACUUCAUCAAGGGAGGCCAUACAAGACUCAACAAGAGCCAUCAUCAAGGCCGCGGCGGUUAAUACGGUGCAGCAAUUGCAAUCAAGAAGGCCAUAAUAGGUUGAAAUGCCCGGCUAGAUUGCCAUAGAUUCAAUGAAUUAAAUACGUUUCAGUAUGGCUUUUAUUU